AUGUUAGACUCUCAAAAACUAGGUUUAAUAUAUCAAAUACUUGGCUACUGGAGUUCGGUGGCUACAAUUACUUCUAUACAUGCUGCAAUAAUUAGUUUAAUGAUAAAAGUGGGAGCUCAUUUUGAGUUAUUAGCAGAACAAAUACCCGAAGUGGAUGCGUCAGAUCCCAAUGCUGAGGAACAUUUGGAUCGCUUUAUACAGGAAUAUCAUGAUAUAUUUCAUUUUGCAAAAACCAUUAGCGAUAUAAAUUCUGUGCUAUGGGCUGGGCAAUUAUUACCUCAAGCGUAUAACGUGUGUUCAUGUGUGACUUUAACUGCAUUUCAGCCAUUAAGUGAAUCUGGAUAUGAUAUUUUUCUGGGCCUUGCAGCUAUUUUUGAUUUUUUUGCAUAUUGUUGGUGUGGCGAACAAAUUAAUUUUCACUCAAAUCGUAUAACAAUAAAAAUGUGGGAUAUCAAUUGGAAUAUGGGAACGUUAAAGUUUCGUAAAAAAUUUUUGUCUAGCUUGAUAAUAUUUGGUCAUGGUUAUACAGCUAAACUUGGUGGCUUUAUUCCUUUGCGUUUACAGUCCUUUUUAGAGAAAAAAGAAAAAACAGAGUAUUAUAUUGAGAAAACAUGGGCGGAUUUAAUUUAA